AUGGUUGACCAAAAACCCCAGGCGCGGACGCCUGGGAGAGUCAAAAGUCUCUUGAAUCCGUUGAAAUGGUUGGAAAAGCUUGAUCUCGAUUCUCGAAGCUUUCUCAUGAUGCUGAAAGGCGCUUUGGCACCUACAAUCACAAUUGCCAUAUACCAGAGUGAUGCUAUCUCAAAUAUCACUACCACGAUUGGCUAUCUGUCAGCCUUGAUCUCGGUGCUUUCCCAAGGAUUGAUGCCCCGGGCGAAGUUCAUGAAGAUCAUGUUUUUUGACUUACUAUCCACUUGCGUAUCUGCUUCACUUUGUUGUUUAGCAGUUUUCUGCGCCGUCAAGGCGAGGGAGCAUAAUACUCCUGCUGACGCCAGCGAGGCUGUGCGCAAUGGGUACAGUAGCGAUGCUUGUGCGGUGGCUGCAGUCUGGCUUAUUUUCAUGAUUUGGGGCGCCAAUGCACUGCGUGCGCUGAAGCCUAUGGAAUUGCAGGACCCAAUGGUAGCUUUCUCCAUUUUUGCUUCAGUGACUAUUACCCGUGCUGGCACAUUUAUCACCCUAUCAGAGGGCCUAGAAUUCAUUUCGAGGUUGUUGAAAGGCUUCAUGAUAGGUUUCGCGAUCGCUACUGGCGUGUCUCUUCUCAUAUUUCCCAUCACUAGCCGGGGAAAUGUCUUCCACGACAUCAAAGAAUACGUCUCGUCUGCUGAAGCAGUGUUGCAGGCACAAAUUUCAUUCGCCGAAGGUAGUGCAGUGACCGGCUUGUUUUCGGGGAAGGGUUUCCUGCGCCGGGCACGGACCGCAAUGAGCACUCGAGAUAUGCAGAGCGAGGGCGACACGAAUUUACAAUCCAAGCAGAAACAGCUGCAGGCAGCCAUAAAUAAGCUCAAUGGCUUGCAUAGUAAACUGCACGCUGAUCUGUUCUACUCUAAGGAGGAGAUCGCGUGGGGCAAGCUAUCAUCCGAAGACUUGAGUAUAAUGGCUUCACUUUUUCGAGGUUUGCUUCUUCCACUUGCUGGAAUGUCAAUGCUGCCUGAGAUACUGGAAACCAUUAUCAAGAAUGAAGGGCCGCGUGAUGGUGACGAUGAGACAGACAGUCUCAAUGGGACAGGAGAGAAUGCGCUGAAACAAUCGGAGAUCCAGAAAGUAGUGGAGACUCAUCACGCGCGGCUUGUGGAUGCCACUGAACUCGUCAAGCUGGGACUGUCUCACUUCUUGCUGUCCCUGGAGCUUAUUUCAGCUAAGCAUUUGGACAAGCAAAAAUUGCCGCAUCAAGGUGGAUCUACGGCUAGGGAUGAAGAAGCAAGGGGCCAAACACUUAGCCCUCUUGACCCGAACUUUGUGUCACAGUUUGAGCGUGAUCUGCGCAGUUAUUACUCACGAAGGAAGCAUCUACCAGAGGCGUUAGCUUCGCUGGAGGCAUUCUCGGCUUCUGAGAAAUAUACAGACGUGACGGCGCCUGGCCGGAAGCAUCCAAUUCUUACGGCUGACCCUGAUGUGCGUCAGGAAUUCUUCCUUAUCCUGUACAUGGGUCAUCUCCAGGAUGACUUACUCAAUGCCACGUUGAAGUUGGUAAAAUUUGCCGACGCAAAGGUGGCUGAUGGAACGAUGAAAAAGUCCCGUCUGAUCUUUCCGAGGCAGGGUUCCAUCCGGGAGUUGUUCUCACUACACAGCGAAAAGGAGAAGGAAAAGGAGGAUCUACAGGCUAGUCGGCAAUCGUCCCAUGUGGACCCGUCAAAUAUCCAUCGUGCAUCAAUGUCAACUGGGUUUCCCGAUCCGGAGCAUCUACCACCGGAAAAUAUCUGGGAAAAGGGGAGUAUGAUUCUGCGAACCAUUUCGCAUGUUAUCAAGUCUGAUCAGAGCACAUUUGGGUUCCGGGUAUCUGCAGCUUCAUUUUCCGUCGGAAUCCUCGCCUAUCUGCAUCAGACUCAAGACUUUUUCAUUCGUCAGAGAUGUAUUUGGGCCAUGAUUGUCAUUGUCAUUGGCAUGAGUCCGACAAGCGGCCAGACAAUGUUUGGAUUCGUUGCUCGGAUUCUUGCAACUACAGCCUCCCUUGUGCUGAGUCUCAUAGUGUGGUAUAUUGUGGACGGCAAGACAGCAGGCGUUAUUGUCUUCCUGUUCAUCGCUAACGUGAUUGCGUACUAUCCCUAUGUCAAAUUACCGCAGUACUUUGGCCCAUCUGUCAUUGCUAUCGUCACGUUGAACGUGAUUGUCGGUUACGAACUGCAGGUUGCCAAAUUGGGAGUUACUGCAGCCGAGGAGAACGGUCAACCAUACUACCCAAUCUAUCUAUUCGGCCCCUACAAGCUCGCCGCUGUCGCCGCUGGCUGUGCCAUAUCGUUCUUCUGGGUUAUCUUCCCGUACCCGAUCACCGCAAAAUCCCAGCUACGGAAGCUCCUUGGCCGGAGUCUCUUUGUACUCGCCAAGUUCUACAGUGCCAUGCACUCGACAAUAGAGUUGUGGCUCGCAGGUGAACUGGGUAACACAGACGACAAGAACUCGCCAGCUCAUCACCUCCAAAAGUCGCGACGUAAUAUAUUCAAGGAAGAGAUGAUGCUACUCACCGGCCUGCGCAUGCAUAGUCACUUUAGCACCUUUGAGCCACCCAUCGGCGGCAAAUUCCCCAAGGAAACAUACGACAACAUCAUUUCUGAAAUCCAGCGCAUCCUCACAAGUAUGUCGCUGAUGGCACAUACAACCCAGAACCUGGACGCUCUCUCAGUUGAUUCGGAAAAUUCUGGAGAUGACAGUGAUAGACCGUGGAUGGCACGGCUCGCAGAGAUUGCUCUAAAAUCCGCCGAUUUCAAUUCUCAUCGAAUCACAUCGCUGCUAUGCCAUCUCUCAGCAGCGAUUACAAAUGCCCAGCCAUUACCGCCGUAUCUCUCGACACCUGAAAGUUUCCCGCUCGCACGGCGAAUGCAGAAGAUUGACGACAAGCUGCUCAACAUUUCACAUGUCGAGGAUCCAUCUUUCUCGGCCUUUGUUGCCCUUGAAGUUCUGAGGUCUGUCGUUAGUUUUAGUUUGCAGGAUCUCCUUGAUAAUAUGCGAAAGCUAGUUGGCGAGCUCAACUUUGAUGCUUAUCCGCGACAGUUGCGACAUGAGGAGUCGGCUCAUUUGCUGGAGAGACCAAGCCAGGAGGAGGAACGGUGA